CCGCGAAAGAGUGAAAAGUGUCGUGAAAUCUAAUUUUGGGGAGUUAGGUGAAGGCAUCGCCCUGAAUGAAUCAUUUUUCGAAUUUAUUCAGACUUUUCACUGCUUUUCUUCGUAUUUCUCACAUGCUACUCUCUUUCUCUUUUAAACUCCUCGCUCAUUUUCCUCUCACAAAAUUUUAUAGGAGUAUUUGUGGGAGAAAUUUCAGUGAGAGUGAGAAAAAUUAGUGUGUGUGUGUAAUGUAGAGUGAAGAAAUGUUGGAAAAUGCUUUGAGAGAGCUUUAGUCAGUGGGGACGCCUAGUGAUCAAGCUCCAUUGUAACGUAUUUUUUAAUGGAGCCGCCUGGUACCAGGCAAUAAGUUUGGAGUUUUCGGAGUUGCUUCUUCACAAUGAGAAAAUUUUCUUUACGGCUCUCUCGAUGAUUCAAUCAAGCUGAUCGUUUUGUGUGGGUUUUAUUUUGGCGCAAGUGUAUUCCUCUGCUCAGUGUUAGAUAACAUGUGAUUCCACCAUUGCUGUGUGUAUGUGUGAGAGUGUGGAUUUCCAGAGAGUCAGAGAAGUAAAAUGUUGGGAAGUUUGUGAGCCAUACGAGCAGAAUAGCACAGAAAGCUCGUGGAUAGUCAAAGUGUUUGGACGUCUCCUUUUUCGUGGAGUCUCUCAUUUAUAAUUUCAAACGUCUUUCCGUUGUUUUGCAAAGAAGGCAGAAUCAUACUGCAAGAUUGUCCUUCUCCAAAAAAUAUAAUCUGUGUGUGCCAGUGCAUUGAUACGUUAAAUUUGUAAAUUUAAUAAAUAUAUAUUGUGCCAAUGGUCUCACCUGAAGACCUGUUGAGUUUAAAUUGAAGAAUAUUGUGCGAGAUUAUUGUUCUUUUUUUUUCGGGCGGUAAAAUUCCGGUUGGGAAUUUUGCAGCAUUAAAUACGUCACUAUUACUUCAUCUCCGUCGAACAUAUCAAUCAGAAAACUCUGUGUGUUUCUGUUGACGAGCUUAUUGCUAUACGAAAAAAAAUAAAUAUCAACCUUGACGGGUAUAUAGAGUUAACAAUUCUCAAGCUAUUGCUCACAGUUUUUCUCCUUCGUGUGACUAUCACUGUAGAGACAACUUAGCCACCAACACACUAGUGUGCUUUCUCGGGUGAAUUUGUGUUGUUUUGAUAAGAGAAAGCAUUAUCCACGACUUUUCGGUAACGGCACGAUACUCUGUGACGUACUGAUUAGUGCUCCAGUAAUUGCCUCGUGUCCCCAUCUCACCGUGGCAAUCGUAUAGGGUUCAAGAGGUUGAAUCAAAUUGGUGACUACCAAGAACCGUGGUAGGGUGCUUUGGUUGCAGGGGAGUGGUAUUGGAGACUUUUCGCCUAAUGACCUAUGUAAUUGGCCGGGCUAGGCUUAAUGAAGAGGCUGCUUGAGUAAAUAGCAAACUCGUGCAGCUGUAUUGGGUGCUCAACAGUACCCAGUCAGAGUGUUACAAUCGCCCAGAUCAAAAGUUCCCCAAGUGACCUACGUCAGAGGCUUAAGCUACGCACACACCGUGGAAUUGGAUUCUCCACACCGAUUUAAGACAACACCUACGAGAAAGGUGGGAGAAGUGCCCCAGCGUUGUGUUUGUUGCACAGGGGAGCCGCAUAAAAUCCAGUUGAACGAGAAUAUCGCUGAAAGUUUUGGAGGCAAAGAGCCACUGAUACUCUUCGAGAGAUCGUCGAGAAAAUUAGACAUUUUAUUUUUGGUGGUGGUGCUUAUAAUGUUGAAUACUAUUGUUAUCGUGAAGGCAUAUAAGGAGUUUUAAGAAACAAAGUAAAAAAAAAAAACACGAGGAGUUUGUUAGUCAAAAGUGCCAUUUUAACGUGUGUUCCCAAAUGUUUUUAUUCCAUUUGUACAUUGUAGCUCUUACCUCUAAUUUGCCAUCAAAUUUAGAGGGUGAUGAGGCAAAACAAUAUGUGUGUUAAUUUGUGAUGUUGCUUCGAGAAAAGUUUAUUCGUGAUACUUGCGGAAGACAGCAUUAGCAGGAAAGAAGCAAAGAAAAAAAAAUUGCCCAAUUUGUUGGAGCUUUGUUGGGGGAUUGAAAGUUUCUCAUUUUGUCGAUUGUUGAAAGCUGCUCUUUCACUGUCGUAAGAAAUCAUCAGAAUUUCCGACAUCAUCUACUUCUACAGCACAAAUCAUGGAUCAAGAUGAAAUAGGAGACAUCCCACUUGACUUGGACAAUGCAGUGUGCCUCCAAGAUGAGAAUUCACAAAUCAAUAUAAGUGAUGUCAUUGAAGUUAUUCAGACAACAGAUCCUACAUCAGCAAGAAUGUUUGGGAACGGAGAAGGAUCAUCCCAAACUGGAAAAAGUACAAAUGCCAGUCAUGGGCGGCCAAAUGCGUAUGUUAAGAUCACGGAACAGCCAGCCCCAAAGGCACUGAGGUUCCGUUAUGAAUGUGAAGGCAGGUCGGCGGGAUCGAUUCCGGGUGUCCAUAGUACACCCGAAAAUAAGACAUUUCCCAGCAUACAAGUGGUAGGAUUUACUGGCAGGGCCGUAGUUGUGGUGUCGUGCGUCACAAAAGACAGGCCCUACAAGCCACAUCCACACAAUCUCGUGGGAAAGGAUGGGUGCAAACAGGGUGUUUGUACAGUGAAUAUUAAUGAGGAAACAAUGAGUGUCACCUUCAGCAAUUUAGGGAUCCAGUGUGUUAAAAAGAAAGACAUUGAAGAAGCUCUCCGGGUGCGUCAGGAAAUUAAAGUGGAUCCCUACAAAACUGGAUUCAGCCAUAGGGACCAACCCUCAAGCAUCGACUUAAACUCAGUGAGACUAUGCUUCCAGGUGUUUGUGCAGCAAGAUAAGAAUAGCUCUUAUGUGCCCCUACCACCGGAAGUAUCGGAUCCAAUUUAUGAUAAAAAAGCCAUGUCUGAUCUCGUUAUUUGCAAACUCAGUCAUUGCUCGUGUAGCGUGGCCGGUGGACAGGAGAUGAUCCUUCUCUGUGAGAAAGUCGCCAAGGAGGAUAUUCAGGUACGCUUCUAUGAAGAAAAGGAUGCCCAGGUGGUUUGGGAAGCGUAUGGAGAUUUUCAGCAUACCAACGUACACAAGCAAGUAGCGAUCUCGUUCCGGACACCACGGUAUCGGACACUAGAAGUGGAUCAAAUAGUUAAGGGAUUUAUCCAAUUGAAGCGACCAUCAGACGGUGCAACAAGUGAUCCUCUGCCAUUUGACUAUUUACCACUGGAUUCAGUACUUAAACAUAAGCGACCAAAAAUUGAGAACAGGGACAUGCUUUACAGACGAACACAAGAACACAAUUUGCCCAGGAAUUCCCAGCCAGCUCCCCCUAGACAGGAUGGUAGGCAAAAUGCGGGCUUUCUCAAUAUCCCUCUGGCGGAUACGAUAAAGAAGGAACCGCGGGAUCCUUCGCCGGGAAUAUGCAUGUUUCCGGGUACGUACAGGAAUCCCCAAACAACGCCAUCACCCCAACCCGUGUCACCGGCUACACCAAGUACGCCAGCAUGUCCGGUGCCCAACACAAAUCCUCCAUUUGUACACCAAUCACCACAUGAAAACUAUGGGAUAGACUUUACAGGUAACUACCCAGGACACUUCCAAAAUCCCGGCGCCUUCCCACCAGCACAGCCGCCGCCCUUCCAGCAAUGGAAUUUGCUGAGUUCAACUAAGGCACCACCUCCAAGUCAACUCAACAACUUCAGCCACAUAACACCUGCUCCCCAGGGUGCUGAGCCUGUUACACAAUACAACGGUGACUCUGCUACGAACCUCGUUAGCAAUCUAUUAAUGGACAUGGACAGUCAGCAACUCACUCAGCUCAACUCGGCCGAACUAUCGGGUCUCUCGCUCUCCUUCCUCGAGGGUGCCUCAGCACCUGAGGCUGCUCUUGCCGUAAAGCAGGAAGCUGCUGCACGGAUGCAAGCUGAGCAAGAGAACAUGACUGAUAGUUUCACGAAACUGACAACAGACACGAUCAAUGAGAUCACCAAUCUUGGCAAUAUGUACAAUAGGACCAAUAAUUAACAUCCCCCUCCCAAUCGCCCGAGAACAAAAACUUAUGUGAACGCAAUGACAUAAUGUCUUUUUUUUAUUUUAAAAAUAAUUUUAUAAUCUAUAUAAUAAAGAAAGGUCUCUCUAAAA